AUGCGGUUUUGUGUUGACUACCGCCGCCUGAACGACGUUACUAAGAAGGACAGCUAUCCCUUGCCAAGAAUCGAUGACACGCUGGACAUGCUUACAAGCGUAAAGUGGUUUAGUACGCUGGACCUGAAAAGUGGCUACUGGCAGGUUGAAAUUGACCCUAAGGACAAGGAGAAAACUGCAGUCUCCACAGGAAAGGGUCUGUGGCAAUUUAAAGUCAUGCCGUUUGGAUUGUGCAAUGCUCCAGCAACGUUUGAAAGAUUGAUGGAGCUUGUACUUACCGGGCUAAUUGGAGAUGCCUGUCUGGUCUACUUGGAUGACAUCAUCAUCGUAGGCCGUACGUUUGAGGAACACCUUCAAAACCUGAAACACGUGCUCAUGAAGAUCCAGAGUGCCAACCUCAAGUUGAGCCCGAAGAAGUGCUCACUAUUCAAACGGCAAGUUAUCUUUUUAGGGUAUGUAGUGUCGGAAGAAGGUAUCCGCACGGAUCCAGAGAAAAUUGCCGCUGUCAAGGAGUGGCCGGUUCCAAAAGACAAGACACAGGUUAGAACAUUUUUGGGUUUGUGCUCCUAUUAUCGGCGAUUUGUGAAGAACUUUGCAGAUAUAGCCAACCCUCUGCACAACCUAAUCGAGGAGAAGCGAUAUUUCUGCUGGGAUGAAAGUUGCGAUAUUGCAUUCCAGGAGCUCAAGAACCGUCUGUGCAAAACACCUAUUUUGGGGUACCCUGAUGCGGGCAAGGAAUUUAUAGUUGACACAGACGCAAGUAAUAUACGACUUGGAGUUCAAAAAUCCGGAAGGACAAGUUGCGAGAUGGAUUUUGUGAUCGAACGUCGCAGCGGGAAAUCUCAUGGCAAUGCAGAUGCAUUAUCAAGAAGAGCCUGCCCUGGAGAUUGCAAGCAUUGUACUAGGCAAGAGAGUAAGGAAGUGGUAUCUGUGAGGAUACUCAGGAUAGACAAGCUCAGCAAUGAGUGGAAGGACAGCCUACAAGAUGCACAGCAGGAAGAUUCGGACAUUAAGCCGAUUCUGGAAUGGAUAAAGGCCAGUGCUCCUAAGCCCAAGUGGAGCGACGUCUCAGCAAUGAGUUCGACCACGAAAAGCUAUUGGGUCCAAUGGGACAACUUGCUGAUUCAGGAUGGAGUCCUGUGCCGUAAAUGGGAAAAUGGUCGGGGAGACAGAUGUCAUUUGCAAAUGGUUGUCCCUAAGGCUAAAGUACCGGACGUUCUACAGCUGUACCAUAGUGGUUGUUCUGGAGGCCACAUGGGAGUCAAACGAACUCUACUGAAGAUCCGAGAACGGUUUUACUGGGUCCACUAUCGUGACGAUGUCGAGGACUGGUGCCGCAAAUGUACAACUUGUGCGGCUGUAAAGGGACCUCAAAUUCUUAGUAGAGGCGCAUUGAAAUUGUACAAUGUUGGUGCACCAUUGGAGAGGAUAGCCAUUGACGUUGCGGGGCCAUUUCCGGAAAGUGAAAGUGGCAACAAGUAUUUCAUGGUUGUGAUGGAUUACUUCACUAAGUGGCCAGAAGUCUUCGCCAUUCCAAAUCAAGAAACUUCAACGGUUGCAGAUAAACUAGUUCAUGAAGUCUUCUGUCGUUUUGGAGUACCUUUAGAGAUUCACAGCGAUCAAGGAAGGAGUUUUGAGUCUCAAAUAUUCCAGGAACCUUGUAGAGUUAUGGGUACUCAUAAAACAAGAACAACUUCUUACCACCCACAAUCUGAUGGAAUGGUAGAAAGAUUUAAUCAGACAUUGGAGAGGUAUCUAGCAAAAGUUGGGGAAAAACGGCAACGAGACUGGGACAGGCACAUACAACCGUUUUUGUUGUCAUAUCGAAGCGCACUUCACGAAAGUACAUCAGUGACACCAGCUUUCGCAAACUUUGGGAGAGAAUUACGGCUGCUUGCAGUCCUGAUCACCAGAAUACCACCUGAUGCCCCACGCAGUAUAACCGAUUAUGCAAAUGGCUUGCGAAACAAAAUGAAUGACAUUUAUGAGCACAUCAGACAGACGGGCCAGCAAACGUCUGAGAAGAUGAAAACACGGUAUGACCGCAAAAUGAACAACAAGGGGUUUGACGAAGGUUCACUAGUGUAG